AUGGUCUGCCAAAAAAUCCAUAAAGCAGAUGUCCCACUUCGGCCAAUCGUUGCCCUCAAAGGCAGUCCCACCUACAACUUGGCAAAGUGGAUGUACUCAAAACUGAAUUUCCUCCAAGGCAAUUCGACUACCUCAGUUCGAUCAGCCUCUCAAUUCCUCAUAGACCUCCGAGGUCGGAGAAUUCAAUCAGACGAAAUCAUGGUCUCCUUCGAUGUGACGUCGUUGUUCACAUCUAUCCCACCAAACGUGGCCCGCGAAGUCUUGCGCAAGAGACUUGAAGAGGCGUACGAUGAGACUCAGAAUGCCCUCAAAAUUGAACACCUCAUGAGGCUGUUUGAAUUCUGCCAACAAACUUUCUUCACUUUUGCGGGAGAGACCUAUGAACAAAUCAAGGGAACCCCUAUGGACUCACCGGUCUCCGGUUUGGUGGCAGAACUGGUCCUACAGGAGUUGGAAAAGAUUGCCUUCCUCCAACAUGAACCGGUGUUUUGGCGACGUUACGUUGACGACACGUUCGUCAUCGUAAAGAAGGACAUGCGGCAACAUUUUCACAGCCUGCUCAACGCAGUCUUCCCGGAUAUAAAAUUCACGAGAAGAAGAACAGGAGCAGCAGUUGCCCUUCCUGGAUGUGCUCGUCAGACGAAACCUUAA